UUUACCUUAAACAUUUAUAAUAUGUAAACAUUAAUUAUAUAGCACACUUUUACAAAGGAAAAGGAACAAUAUAUAACUGUGUUAUAAAAUAAUUUUUAGCGAACAUGAAUUUGCAUACGAUGAAAAGAAAGAUUCGUUGCAUCGUAAACUAGCAGUAGCGGUGACAGCAGCACAUGAAAUGGCGCAUCAAUGGUUUGGUAAUGUAGUCAGUCCGUUUUGGUGGUCUUACGUGUGGCUAAACGAAGGCUUAGCGUCAUUCUUCGAAGAAUAUGUCCUCAACGAGAUUUUCAAAGAAUGGCGAAUAAUGGACGUCUUUGUUAUCAAGACUCAGCAAUCAGCUCUUCAUAAUGACAUUGCUAAGCAUAUGAAACCUAUUACAUUCGAAGUCAACAAUCGCAAAGAAAUUCAGUCACUCUUCUCUUAUUCCAGUUACGGCAAAGCACCCGCUAUACUGCGCAUGUUACAGCAUACUCUUACCCCUGAGGUAUUUCGGAACGGUAUUAUUAAAUAUUUACGCAAACAUCAAUUUAGUUCGGCGACUUCCGACGACUUAUGGAACGCCUUCCAAGUAGCCCUUGAUGAAUCAGAUGUUCCACACAAUGCCUAUAAAUUAAAAAAUGUAAUGGAUAUCUGGUUAAAACAAAGUCAUUAUCCUGUGGUACACGUGACUCGAAAUUACGUUACCGGUAAAAUGAUACUAACGCAAGAACAUUUUCCAAAGACCGAAAAUGAGCAGUAUAUCGAUAGCGAUAAAUGGUGGAUACCUGUGACUUUUGCUACUCCGCAAACGAAUUCCGACUUCUCCUCUACUCUGCCCACUCAUUGGCUAAGACCACAAGAUAAAAAUAUAAGCAUUGAUGAAAUCGAUCCAAAUGACUGGGUCAUAGUCAACGUACAACAAAUGGGAUACUAUCGUGUUAAUUACGAUGAUUCAAAUUGGCGAAAAAUUGCAAACUAUCUCAAUUCUGACAAUUAUACAAAAAUACACGUGCUUAAUCGAGCCCAAAUCAUUGAUGACGCCUAUCAUCUUGUGAUGGCACGUCAACUCGAUAUAGAGAUAUUUCUGGACCUCGCGAAUUACUUGUCUCGGGAAACAGAUUUUAUAGCGUUAUAUCCUAUGUUUAAUAUAUUAGACUUUACGGUAGAAUUUUACAAAUUUCCAGAAACUAAUUAUUUCAAGCAAUAUGUACUGCGUAUUUUGGAUGAAAUUAUUAAAAACGUAGGAUACGAAGAAGAUCCGGCCGAAGAUAAUCUUACAAAGCUGAAAAGAUCCAACACUCUAAAAUGGGCAUGUAAUUUCGGUCACUGCGAGUGCAUGAGAAUGGCCACCGUUAAAUUAGAUGAAUUUCUUUCAAAUCCCGAAACACAUAGAAUUCCCUCAGACUUAAAAGAAUGGAUAUAUUGUAAUGGUAUAAUGAAAGCCAACGCGUCUACGUGGAACAAAUUAAUGGAUAUAUAUUUCAUUAAACAAGACAAUGAUAUACUUGAAUACUUGGCUUGUUCUGAAAAUCCUGAUAUUUUGGUUAAUUUUAUAAAUACAAGUGCCUCGAAUGACAUCAUAAUACAAAACAAUGGUUACUAUGUCAUUAUUCCAAGUAUUAUUCAAAAACAUUCAGACAACGACGCAAUAUUGGAUUAUAUGUUAGCAAAUUUAGAUGAAAUAACAUAUAAUUAUACAAGGAUGCGCAAUAAUGAGAAAAUAUUAAUUGGUAUUAUCUAUAGCGUGCAUUCUCGUGAACGACUUGACAAGGUAAAUUAUCUUAGAUGUCAUAUAUUUAUUUAUAAUUAAAUUUACUUACUUCUAUU